CCGCCUUCGGCCGGGCGGGCCCAGCGGCGGCUCCCGCCCUCCUGCCGCCUUGCUCCGGGCCCUGGCCACCUUCCUUCCCCUCUUUUCCUUCCCUUCUUUUCCUUCCCUUCUCCUUCCCCGGCUCCUCUGUGGCCUGGAGCGGUCACCGCCAUGGCCCCGGCCGCUGACCGGGAGGGUUAUUGGGGCCCCCCGACCUCCACCCUGGAGUGGUGCGAGGAGAACUACGCCGUCUCCUACUACAUCGCCGAGUUCUGGAACACAGUGAGUAACCUGAUUUUCAUUCUACCUCCAAUCUAUGGUGCGAUUCAGACCUAUAAAGAUGGCCUUGAAAAACGGUAUUUAGCUGCCUAUUUGUGUCUUACAGCCGUGGGAUUGGGAUCUUGGUGCUUCCACAUGACCCUGAAGUAUGAAAUGCAGCUGUUGGAUGAGCUGCCAAUGAUAUACAGUUGUUGUGUGUUUGUCUACUGCCUGUAUGAAUGUUUCAAGUACAAGAACACAGUCAAUUAUCCACUGCUUUUCUUGUUAAUAACAUACAGCUUCGUAGUCAGCAUAGUUUAUUUAAAUUUGAAAGAGCCUGUAUUCCACCAGAUCAUGUAUGGAACACUAGUUUCCAUUAUAGUUCUACGGUCUGUUUAUAUAGUAUUAUGGGUAUACCCAUGGCUUAGAGGUCUAGGCUAUACAUCUUUAACUGUAUUUUUAAUGGGAUUUUUUCUCUGGAAUGUGGACAACAUUUUCUGUGAUAAAUUGAGGGCACUACGAGAGAAGAUGCCUCCUGUCGUGGGAGCCGUGACACAGUUUCAUGCAUGGUGGCAUAUUCUCACAGGCCUGGGCUCUUACCUUCACAUCCUGCUAAGUUUAUACACAAGGACACUUUUCCUGAAACACAGGCCAAAGGUGAAGUUUCUGUUUGGGAUAUGGCCUGUUCUUCUCGUGGAGCCACCCAAGAAGCUCUGACCGAGGCCCAGGCAGCCCCACGCGACCACCUGAAUAAAGCGAUUCAACAAUUGCCAUGGCUGGAUUGUCAAAAUCAUGGAUCUGUUCGAGUAUCGUUGCUAUCAAAGGACUUCUCGGUGUUACUAGGCCUGCCAGCCAGAGCAGAGCGAGGAGCUGGCACGCUAGGGAGAUAACGUUUAGUACAGCUUUAUUCUAAGUUGUUAAAGUUUAAGACACAAUAUUUUUCUGUAUAUAUUGUAUAGCUGAUGAUACUGAGCUAAUAUUUCGUGCUGGUCACAGAAAACUAACCAUUUUUGGAGUGGGUUGAGUAAGUUUUUCAUUCAGUUGUUGUUCUUUCUGUGGUUUAAACUAAUAUUAGUAACUGAAUGAUAAAAAAAGAAACAAACAGGUCAUUGAUGGCCAAGCUAAGUAUCUGUGUGGCCUAUAGUGAGCUGAAUGCUUAACCUGAACUACUUUAAUCUUGCACUUUUAUACAAUUAAUGAAGUCUGUAAUGGUUAAUUUCUGGCUUUAUUCUAGCCUUGCUUCUCCACAGCCUCCUUUGCUGUUUAAGUUUUAAGCAGAAAAGGUUGGGAUACAUGUGCCAUUUAGGUAAUUUUGUACCAAGUUUCCAUUUUCUCUUUAGUCCAGCUGGGGUGCAUCCUGGAGGAUGUUCCAGGGUGUGACCAGGAGAAGACAUUUACAGUGGUGAAGCAUUAUAAGGGUUCUUGUUUGUGUAUGGGAACAGAAAUCCUGUUUUGUUUGACCAGUGAUCCAUCAGGAGACUGCAGGAUGACUGUAUAACCACAAGAAACACUUUUUAAAACGUUUCAUUAUUUACAUGCCUUCCUUUUCUCUCCCUGCUUUUCAUUCCCUGUGUUCCGUUCUUAGUACAGGUUGACAAGCACCACAUAUGUGUGCUAGAUCAGCUUUGAAUUCAUGCCUUUCCUAUUUAACGAGUCUUAAAUAUUGGUCUGACUUUCAGAAUCAUCUUCGUAUUCAGAAAUAAUGAAGAAAGAGUUAAAGAACAAGAUUUACAUUGAGGAACUCCCAAAAUAUAAUUGGCAGUAUUUUGAUUGCUUGCUCUUAAUCUUUCCAGCACACUUUUUUUUUUUUUUUGAAGUUGAAUACUUUUUUUAAACCAACCUUUGGCUCUUAAUCGGGUACAAACCCUCUGAUUUCUGCAGCUCUUAUCUACUCAGCUGAUCAAAGUUCAUCAGUAAGCAUAAAGAAAACAUGGAACUAACAGUUUUUCGAAAUAUACCUCAUAUUGGAGGCUCUUGUUUUGUCUCCCCAAGAUCUUGGGGCGACGACUGGAGUUUGUCUCCAGGCCUCCUGGCUGCCAUGCUAUGCAAUUUCUGAUGCUCUGAGGGCUUUGUCCUUCUUGCUGUGAAGGAAAAAGGGAAAUGCUCGGACUGAUUGGAACUCCUGUUAGGUAUUGAUGUAAAACCUGCACGCAGCAGCAAGGCAUGGUUCGGUAGCUAUAAAGCUGUCUCCAGGAUCACAAAAUUCUGGCUAAUGUAAGCUUCCUUGCUCUGACUAGUGGAAGAAGUGAGACCGAAAUCUGUGUUGUACAAUCAGUGAUAACUAAAAUAGUCUUUUCCCUUUAUUUUUUUUCCUGCUUGUGACUUAGCUGCAUCCUCAGUGUCCAUCAGUAGCACCUCUGCUGGCACACGUCUCCAAACAAAACCAUUGCUUUUAGUUCUGGUGACUGGCCCUGAACUCCUGAGAUCAUGCAGACCCAAACUCAGGGCUGGAACAAGACCUUGAGUGGCUUCAGCAAGGUUUAAGCACAUGCUGAAAGCAGUAUAUUUGCAACCUGUAAUCAGCAAACCGCUAUAAAAUUCCUGAACAAAAUUUUCAACCAAAUCUGUUGUCAGUAGGCUCCAGUUCGGGGUCUUCAAACCAAAAGGUUUGAAGAACAACUAGCACAGAGGGAGGAAAAUGCUGGUUUGGACCAGGUGUCUGUAAUUACCCAGCAGGCUUUUUUUUUGUUGUAAAGAGAUUUGAGAGCCAUUUCUAAAACGUAGCUUAAAAAUAAGUGCCUGCCUAUUCACCUCCAGGCUCUUUCAAGCGUGUUUCUGCACCCUGUAUCUUAUUUUCUUGUUUAGUAUGUUUACAUGCUCCCAUAAAUUAGGGAAAACAUCCUGUAAAAGGAGCGGUGCAGCAACUAGAUGCAUCAGCAAUCACAAGUGACGUCUGCUCGACGUGGUAUUAUUUUUAAGGCAACGAACAAAACCUGUAUUUUAUUGCCCUUAGUUUUGUUUCUGGAGGAUCUGGGGGGCUCUGCUUUUAACUUUUUCAUAACUGCAGAAGUCAGUCUUCUAAAAAGCCACUUUCUUAGUGAUGAGGCAUCUCUCUAAUGGCAUAUUUUAAAGAAAUUUGUGGAUUCUCCCACACGCUCGGAACAAGGAAGUAUACAGUGUUUUUUUUUCUGGUCCUGUUGAAUUGUUAGGAUUAAAAAAAAAAAAGAAUAAAUGGAAAAGCUCUUAAUUUUA